CAUAAACCAUCGCGGCGGCAGAAAGAAAUCCAUGCAUUGUACAAAUCUUAAAAUUUAAAAAUACAAGUGCUAUAAUGCAAAGGAACAUUGACGCAUUCUUCAAGCGGCUGCCAGGCAAAACAAAAAAAUCUGAUGAGGAAGAGCAGACGCCAUCGAAGGCGCCAAAACGCCGCAAGCCCAUGAUCAUAUCUAGCGAUGAAGAGGAAAUAGCCGCGAGUCCGCAGGAGCCAAAGAAACGCAAGACGAGCAGCAAGGCCGUAUGCAGCGAUGAGGACAAGGUGGUCGCCAGUCCAGAUGUAUCGCAGGCAAAGAAGCGUGUCACAAAUGGUGUUGGAGGAAAGAAGCCAUCGCUUUCCAAGCUGAAGCCGGUGCAAAAGGUGGAUCCAACGCAGCUGUUUGGUGGCGAGACCAUGCGCGUGGAGAAGCCGAAGCAAAAGACGAAGGCUGUCAUCGAGUUUGAGGAUGAGGAUAUCGAUAAGAGUCUCAUGGAGGUGGAUUUUGAUGAAAGCGUAAGGGCAGCGGAACCUAAAGAGAACGAGAAAGGGAGAGUGGCUAUUGCUCCCAAGUCGCCCUCGCGCAAACGAGCCAAGCCCGGCAGCCCGGAGCCGUCAAAGAGGAGCAGUCCAAAGCCACCGAAGCCGUCAAAGCGUAUCAGUCCAGAGGCAGCAAAGCCCAAGAGUCCGGAGCCCCCAAAGCGCAGCAGUCCGGACACACCAAAGUCGAAAGCUAAGGGCAAGACCACGACGCCACGUGUGAAGAAGGAGAAGCCGCCAGCGGACCUCGAGACCAGCGUGUUGAGCGAUGAGGAGCGCCACGAGCGGAAGCGCAUGUCGGCAGUCCUCUACCAGAAGUUCAAGAACCGCAGCGCCUGCCUCAAUCCCGGCAGUAAGGAAAUACCAAAGGGAACACCCGACUGCCUGAAGGGUCUCACGUUUGUGGUCACCGGCGUGCUGGAGUCGAUGGAGCGGGAGGAGGCCGAGUCGGUGAUCAAGGAGUACGGCGGCCGUGUGAUGACGGUGGUGGGCAAGAAGCUCAUGUAUCUGGUGGUGGGGGAGGAGGCUGGUCCCAAGAAAUUGGCCACCGCGGAGGAGCUGAACGUGACCAUCCUGAGCGAGGAUGGACUAUUCGAUUUGAUCAGGGAGAAGUCGGGACAGGGCAAGAGGCAGCAGGUGAAAGAGGAGAUUAAGAGUCCAAAGAAGGAGGAGAAGAGCGAGUCCAGACCAAAGAAGGAAGAGCCCAAGGUAAAGAAGGAAGUGAAGGAUCAAUCAUUGGCCAAAGUAGAGAAGAUGGAUUCUAAGGUGAAGAAGGAGAAGGAAGAGUCUGUGCCAGCAGAAGCCGUCAAGGUGAAGAAGGAUAAGGAAGAGUCUGUGCCAGCAGUCGCCGUCAAGGUGAAGAAAGAGCCCACAUCCAUAGACACUUCCCAAGCUCAGACCAGGCCCGUUGUGAAGCCCCUAGAUCUGGGCAGCAUGGCCUGGGUGGACAAACACAAGCCGACGAACAUCAAGGAGAUCGUGGGCCAGGCCGGAGCAGCCAGCAACGUGACCAAGCUGAUGAACUGGCUGUCCAAGUGGUAUGUGAGCCACGAUGGCAAGAAGAAGGCGCAGCGACCCAAUCCCUGGGCCAAGAACGACGAUGGUAGCUUCUACAAGGCUGCCCUGCUGUCGGGACCACCAGGAAUAGGAAAGACAACGACAGCUACGCUAGUGGUCAAGGAACUGGGUUUCGAUGCGGUGGAGUUCAAUGCCUCCGACACUCGGAGCAAGCGUCUACUCAAGGAUGAGGUAUCCACCCUGCUGGGAAACAAGUCCCUCUAUGGCUACGUUAAUGGACAGUCGCAGGCGGUGUCCAAAAAGCAUGUGCUAAUCAUGGACGAGGUGGACGGCAUGGCUGGCAACGAGGAUCGCGGCGGGAUGCAGGAGCUAAUUGCCCUUAUCAAGGACAGCUCCGUACCCAUCAUUUGCAUGUGCAACGAUCGCAAUCACCCGAAGAUUCGAUCUCUCGUCAACUACUGCUUUGACCUGCGCUUCCAGCGGCCGCGUCUCGAGCAGAUCAAAGGCAAGAUCAUGAGCAUAUGCUUCAAGGAGAAGGUCAAGAUCUCGCCGGCCAAAGUGGAGGAGAUCAUAGCAGCCACAAACAACGAUAUUCGCCAGUCCAUCAAUCACAUUUCCCUGAUGAGUGCGGGAGAAGAUAUUCCCACCCAAUCGCAGGCUAAGGUGGAGCUGAAGACGGCCUCCAAAGAUCUGAAGCUGGGACCUUGGGAAGUGGUGCGCAAGGUCUUCACCGCCGAGGAGCACAAGCGGAUGUCUUUCGCCGAUAAAUGUGAUUUAUUCUUCCACGACUACAGUCUGGCGCCACUGUUUGUCCAGCAGAACUAUCUCCAGGUCACGCCACAGGGCAAUAAAAAGGAUAUUCAGGGCAAAGUGGCAGCCACUGCGGAUGCCCUUAGUAUUGGCGAUAUGAUAGAUAAACGAAUCCGUGCCAACUCCGCCUGGAGUCUGCUGCCCACGCAGGCAUUUUUCAGCUCUGUUCUCCCGGGAGAGAAAAUGGCAGGCCACUUCACGGGGCAGAUCAACUUCCCCGGCUGGCUGGGCAAGAACUCGCGGACCACGAAACGGGCAAGACUGGCCCAGGAGCUGCAUGAUCACACUAGGUCUUGCACCUCCGGCUCCAGGCUUUCCGUCCGGCUGGACUACGCUCCCUUUCUACUGGACAACAUAGCCCGUCCGCUGGCCAAAGAUGGCCAGGAUGGAGUGUCCGCUGCACUGGACGUAAUGAAGGACUACCACCUGCUGCGUGAGGAUCUCGACUCGCUAGUGGAGCUGACCGCCUGGCCGGGCAAGAAGUCCCCGCUGGAUGCCGUGGAUGGCCGCGUGAAGGCGGCCCUGACGCGGUCCUACAACAAGGAAGUGAUGGCCUAUUCCUACUCCGCCCAGGCGAACAUCAAGAAGAAAAAGUCGGAGGCAGGUGCCGCCGAUGAGGAGCUGCUGGGCCUGGAAGAGGACCUCGAGGAGGGCGAAACCAAUCGCGUAGACUCGGAUGAGGACGAGGAUAAAGACAACCUAGAGCUAGAUGGCCUGAUCAAGGCCAAAAAGAAGUCCACGGCUGCCAGCACGUCGAAGGCAGCGAGCGGAUCCAAGAAGUCGACCGCUGGUUCGACGGCCGCCAAGCCCAAGUCCAGAGCCAAAAAGUAAACCCAAUGUUCCUUUGUUUCAAUUUAUACAUUACUUCAUUGAUGGUUAUUCACUUUACGAAUCUCUCAUCCAAUAAAAAUUCAUGUUGAAAUAGA